AUGCCCAUUCACACCUCCGUUACAGAAGUUUCCCGAGCCAUUGAUCGAACCCUCACUGAGGACGUUUUCCCUCCUGCAGAAGUCUCCGAUGAAGAACGGUUUUUCCUCACGAAUCCCAGACCAUUUUACCUUGACGAUCUUGUCAACCAGGCCCGCAGUUUCAUUGAACUUCAAUCGAAACUGGGCCGCAAGCGUAUUGUAGUGAUCACUUCGGGAGGUACCACGGUUCCUCUGGAAAAUAACACAGUCAGGUUCAUCGACAAUUUCUCUGCAGGCACUAGAGGAGCUGCCAGUGCAGAACAAUUUCUACGUCACGGUUACGCAGUUCUGUUCCUACAUCGAGAGUUUUCACUCACUCCUUUCAACAGAGCGUUCACCCAUAACAGCGAAGUUUGCUUUCUGGACUACUUCGAUGAAAACGGUAAUGCUAACGAAGAGUUCAAGACCCGUAUCUUGGCCAACAAGGCACUCUACGACAAAUAUACACGCCAAAACCAACAAUUGCUACUUUUGCCCUUUACUACUGUCAACCAAUAUCUAUGGUCCUUGAAGGCCAUCGCGAAGUUGUUGAAUCGCGACGCCACUUUAUUUUACUUGGCUGCUGCCGUCAGCGAUUUCUUUGUGCCCAGUUCUCGCAUCCCAGAGCACAAGAUACAGUCUAAUGAGGAGCAUCGGGAUCUAGAUUCGGCUGAAGCAAGUCAUACAACUGCCGAGGGUAAAUUAAUAGUCAACUUGGAUCCAGUGCCCAAAUUUUUGAGGCGACUCGUCAUGUCCUGGGCGACACAGGCUAUGAUAGUUUCCUUCAAACUCGAAACCGACAAAUCCAUUCUCAUCAAGAAAGCCACACAGGCGCUGGAUCGCUAUAACCAUCAACUUGUGAUAGGUAAUCUUUUGCAGACACGUAGCAAGGAAGUUGUGCUCGUAUCCGAGAGCAGCAGAAAUGGGGAAUGGAUAAGAAUACAUGAUCCCUCGGAGGUGAUUGAAGAAUUAAUCGUUCCCGAAGUCAUCAAACGUCAUUCCGCUUGGGUCAAUCGCCAAACGGUUUAA